UUACAGAGUGGUUCCCGCGAGAGAAACUCGGAUCAAACGGGCCUCUUUGGCUUUUUUGGCAUGUAUCAGUUUUUUUUUUUCCUCCGUUGUGAAGCAAACACUAAAAAAGGGAAUUUAUUUUAUUUUAUUCUAUUUUUUAUAUAAUAAAAAUACGAUUUUGAAUUUCCAUUUUCUGUUUUGAAUAUCUCACACUGUUUGUUUCUUCGUCUACUGAGGAAGACAACAGAGAGAAAGAGAGAGUGAGGAGGAGAAGAAAAUGGAAGCAGCCAUGGGAUUGAUGAGGAGAAUCCCUCCAAAGCACACUGAGACUGCUCUCUCUGCUCUUCUCACUCUCCUACCCCAACACUCCUCCGAUCUGCUUUCUCAAGUCGAUCAGCCCCUCCAGGUUUUAUGUGACACGGACAGUGGAAAGGAGUUCAUUUUGUGCGAAUAUAACAGAGAUGCGGACUCUUUUAGGUCACCUUGGUCAAAUAAAUACCAUCCACCAUUAGAGGAUGGUGCCCUCCCAUCUGAGGAGUUGAGGAAGCUUGAAGUUGAAGCAAAUGACAUCUUUGCUAUAUAUCGUGACCAGUAUUAUGAAGGUGGGAUUUCAUCAGUUUAUAUGUGGGAAGAUGAUAAUGAAGGUUUUGUAGCAUGCUUUCUUAUAAAGAAAGAUGGCUCGAAGACAGGGCAUGGUAGAAGGGGUUAUCUCCAGGAGGGAGCGUGGGAUGCCAUACAUGUAAUUGAGGUUGGUCCAGAUGAGGAAGGAACAGCUCAUUAUCGUUUAACCAGUACCGUCAUGUUGUCUUUGACUACAAGUAAUGAGUCGUCAGGAUCAUUCAAUUUGUCUGGAUCAAUUAGACGAGAGAUGAAUAUGGACCUAUCAGUCCAAGAAGGCCAUCUUUGUAACAUGGGAAGGAUGAUUGAAGAAAUGGAGAGUAAGUUAAGGAAUUCCCUCGAUCAGGUUUACUUUGGUAAGACGAAGGAGAUGGUUUGCACUUUACGACCACCAGCUGAAGUGGUGAUGAGACUGCCCGAUAGUAGCUGAUCACCAACACAUGGCAUAUGAACUCUCAACAUUUGUUUCUAUUUUCUAUAUUUGCUUAACAGAAUGAUCACUAGUCUUCUUUCGUGUAUGUUGUGUGAUUUUAGACAUGAUAAUUUGGUUUUGUAGUUUUACUCCUUAUGUAGAUUCUUGGAAGCCAUUUCUGUCUUGCAGUUUUCAAUUGGAAACACUUUCAGAACUAUAUUGUAUGCUUUCCAAGAUUAUUCUCUUAUUUUGUAGGUAAUUUCCGUCAA